CGGCAUCCCUCUAGGCAGCACCCACUCAUUUCGAUUGGAUGGCGUGGCCGGAGGUUGUUGAGAUCGUUUCCGCCGGACAGGUUCAUGCGCAGUUAUUGAGGAGAGGAGGAGAACUGUAAAUGGAUCGGGAAUCAGAAGACACCAAACUUUCUGAGAGAGUGGGCACUGCUCUAAAAGUUUCAGAUGGUGAAGGAGAGACACAGAAACCAUUGUCAGGGCAUUUAAGUUGUGAGUCAACUUCACACAGGCUAACACCUAUGGAGCGUGAAACUUUAGGAGCCAUUGGUAAUGCUGAGAAGCAACGAUCUGCUCACAUUGUUGAUGACGAAGAGACGACAGAAGAGCGCUUCUUUGAAUGUAGAGAAUCACUGGAGACUGAUGGUUUUGUGGACACAGAAGAUGAUGUAACACAUUUAGAGCUGGAGGAUGAUUCUGAAAUAAAAGAAACCAAAAAGUUUGAGUUAGAUGAAGAAUAUUUAAGAGAACUGGAAAAAGAUAUGCCUGAAGAAGAAAAAAAGCGAAGGCAAGAGGCGAGUCUAACAUUGAAAGAAGUAGGAAAUGGCCAGUUUAAAAAAGGAGUGGAUAUAGACCCAACUAUUUCUAUGUACCUUCAUAAGCGAUUACCACAACAGAUUGAAGAAAGAAAUGAGAAAAUGAAAGAAGAAAUGCUAGGCAAGCUGAAAGAUCUUGGCAACAUGGUUCUGCGACCCUUUGGCCUGUCCACUGAAAACUUCCUGUUAAACAAGGAUCCCAACUCUGGCUCGUACUCUAUCAACUUUGUGCAGAAUCCAAAUAACAAUAAUAGAUAAUGCUUAAUUUGGAAAACGGCUCAGUGCAAGGAUAUGCUGUAAAAAAAGUUAUAUAAAAGUAUUGCUUUUCUAGGCAUACAAGAAACUGAUCUGUUCCAAUUUUUGCUAUAAAAUAGCAAGCAUUUGUUUACAAUUAGAAUCUGCACAGGUUUCAAGACACUCUGUUUGAGCUGCUUGAUGAAAGUAAAAGCCAGCAGUGAAACCAUAAGUUUUAUUUUGUCAUUACAUCUGGAUAAGUGUUAGCCUAAGUGUGACAUAGUGUUAAUGAGCAAAAACAAUUCAUCAGUUAAGUUGCCAUGUUACCACUAGGUAAAUUUUUUGUUUGCCAUGGACAUUUAAAAUUUGCAAACUGCUGAAGCUUGAUGUUUAGCUUAAUACUGUUGAUCAUGCUGAAUAUAUUAAUAUUGCCCAUUGCCUUACUUUCUGUAGAUUUAAGAAAUUGUUUGAAUAUGAUUCAGCAUGAUUCAGAGAACUUCCUGGAAAUAAAAAUAUCAAAAUUGUGGAUUUUUUUCCCCAUGAAUCCAGUAUUGUUUCAAUAUGCAUUUGGAAUUAACUUGGAGCAGUUGGUCUUGACAUAACUUCAUGAAGCUUAACCAUCGAGAUGGAUUUUAAAGAGCAUUUGUUUUUCAUAUUCAUAAUGCAGAAACUGGCUUUUCCACUGAGCAGAUCCAUGCUGGCAUUUAUUAUCCUCUGGUCUCUUCCCACCCAUUCUAACUUAAUCACCUCAAACAAAACCUUCUGUUGUAUUUUCCCUCACUUGUUUAUCUAGCUGCCCCUUAACUGUAUCUCCACUAUCUUCCUGAGCAGCACUUGAGGUAAUGAGUUCAACGUUCCAAGAACUCCAUGAGGCAAUAAUUUCAGUGCGGACUUCCGAAGAAACUUAUGAUUGGCUAUUUUAUAUUUCUGACUCCUGGUCUCAUCUGCACCAACGCCGCUAUCUCCUCAGCCCCAACAUAUAUACACACAUGCACGCGCGCGCACACAUAUUCUGACCUCAGUCAUGAGCCUACUAUGCAGUACCUUAUUAAUUAAGAACUUCUUGAGAUCCAUGUAUAUUAUGUCUGUUACAUUACCUAUAUCUAUUUUAAUUCAUAAAUAUUCAUUCACUUUUAUGAAACAAAACUUCUAAUUUUGGAAUCUGUACUUUAUAUUCUUUUGGUGUUUAUGUUUCUACAUGUUUUGCUAUUUGAAUAAGGAUUCCUUUAUCUUUCACACCACUAAUGUUAAAUGAGUUAACUUUGAGCCUGUUCUAUCUCCCCAUGUUUACAAACAACUGUCUGCCAGUUCUGUGACUCUGUUCCUUUCUUAUAAGUAAUUAGUUCUGAAUGUUCCCUAUUCUCAUUGGCAUUUAUUUGGACAUGAUUAGCUAAAAUUUAUCUCCUUCUAAGAGUAUUCUGCUUGUGACUGAGAGUAUGAAUGUUCAAAUCUGUUGCAUUCUGGAAAAAACUGAAAGAUUCCAUUAAACUAAACUUUGUUAGAACUUGUGACAGGCCAGAGGAAUGAAAGUCCUUCAUUUGUUCAGAAACGUAGUCAUUGUUCAUCCUCAGUUUCUACAAGCAUUAAGGGUGCUCACUGUCAUCUAGAUUGGGAUAUGGGUGCUUUUCCUGUUUAAGUAAUUGUGUGUUGAACUCUGGUAAUCUGCUAAGUAGUAUGAGUUCAAGCUCCGCAAUCCAUUUCCGUUUCCUGCCUCUCAGCAGUUUGUUGUAUUCCUUUACCAAGGGGGAGAAGAAAUUGCCUUUCCCGUUUCUCUUUUUUGUAAAGGUUUAGUCCUCUGUGAUUUCUGUUAUUGGAAAAAAAGUAGUUGCAGUGUUUGAAUUGCAAGAAAGUCACAUUAUUUAUAUUUUUACUUGCAAUGUUUGUUUAUGCUGUUUGCAUCUGCAUUAAUUUGAGGCUUCCUUCAGUUGAUUUGAUUUCCAUUCAAGUCUACUAUGUAACCUCGGGUACAAUACUGGUUCACAUAGACCUCUGAUCCUUUCCAGCAAUUGACUAUUGAUCUGUCUCAUGUCUGUCAUCAGGCACUGUUGCAUAAUGCUGUAAUGUGUGAAAAAGAAAUGUUCGGUGCAAGCCUAGAUCCAUCAUGUAUUGUUCGCUCAUAUUGGCAAGGUGCUAUCAGAGACUAGUGUUCUCCUACAAAACAAAGUGAAAACAGAAAUUGUUGUGAUAUGUAAAAACUGGGGAAGAAAUAAAAUACCCCACUUAAAGUUUUA